CGCAGGGAUCCUCAUGGGCGGGUGCACCGUGCCACACACCAUGCUGUGCCAUGCCGUGCCGUGCCCUGUGCCGCCUGGCUCACCGCGAGGCACUCACGCAGCGGGGCGGCGCGGGGCAGCAGUUCCCACGGGCUGCUGGGCGGGCGCCAGUGCUGAGCUCAGAGUUUCCAUGCAGAGCGGCCGCUUCCCACAACAGCGGGACGGGGAGCGCGGCCCCAUUCCCACAGGCUGGGGAUCCCGGCCGGCAGCGCCUGCGGGGCUUCUCCUGCCCGCUCUGGUGGGACCACAGGGGAUGCAGGGGAGCCAGCGUCGCCCCAGGGCCCUGUGGGCCUGCAGGGGAGGAUGCGGGGGACCUGGCGGUAAGGUGGGGGAGAGCAGCAGCCCCCCCCUGCAGGAGUUAAGGCAAUGCUGUGUCCAGGGAGCCCGUGCCAGCCCAGCCUGUGCCAGCGCUCCCCGGGGACCCGCGGCCUCGCGCAGCCUCUGCAGCCGGGGAGGAGCGCAGCCGUGGGGGCGCCGAGGGUGAGGCUCCUGGGUUCGGGAAGCGCCCAGUGCCCGUGGGGAGAGCGGGACCAGCCCCACGCAGGGCCCUGGCGCAGAGCCUGCCGCAUCCCCGCAGAGCCGGGGCCACCGUGGAGGGGCCGCGUCCAGAUUCCUCCUCGAUGGCGCUGGGGCGAGGGGCUGCGUGUGGGGCACGGGGGGCAGUGGGGACGUGCGUGGCCACCCAGGCUGCCCUCUGCAAGGUGGCGGCCGGGCACCGCCAGCUGGUGCUGCAGCUGGGGGGCAGCGCCGACGGCCCCCGGCUGCGCGAGGAGCGGCGCGGGAGGAGCGCGGAGGCGCGGGAGCUCAGCGCCGGGCUGCGGAGCGCGCUGCUGGCGGGGCUGCGGCAGGCGGCGAGCCCCGAGGAGCGGCGGGAGCUGGAGCGGCUGUGGGUGCUCUUCCUCUCCGCCCUGGAGCUCUUCCUGCAGGACCUGCGCCAGGCCCACCGCCUCUGCCGGCUCUUCUCCCUGCAGGGGGGCGGCCCGGCCCUGCUGCGCACCGGGCUGGGGGCCCGGCGAGGGGGGGGCCCCGAGCAGCCCCCGGCCCCGCCGUGCCUGGAGGAGGAGAUGGAGCAGGUGAGGGCCGUGCUGGCGGAGAUGGAGAGCACAGCCAACAUCCCCCUCUGGACGGUGGAGGCCACGCAGGCGGCAGGGCCGGGGGAUCUGGGCGCAGCCCCCACGUCCCAGGGGCCGGGGCCUCGUGCUGGGCCCUGCUGCAGGGUCCUGUGAGCCAGGGCAGGGGAUGAGGUGGCAGGGCCAGGGCCGGCCCCCCCCGCUGGUGCGGCACAGCUUGGGGUGGGGCAGCCCCGCGUGCCCCCACCGCCCCGGGAGCUGCCCCCAUCACGCAGAGCGAGCGGGGCUGCCCCUGCUGCGGAGCGUUAAUAAAGCCCCCCUGACCCCACGGGUGUCCCUGUCCCUCC